GCUUGUCGACCCCCGGGACCAGCCGCUCGUCAGCCGAGGCCCGCGAGGAGCUGCGGCGCCGCCUCCUGGGCCUCAUCGAGGGCAAUCGCGUGAUGAUCUUCAGCAAGAGCUACUGUCCGCACAGCACGCGGGUUAAAGAACUCUUUUCUUCUUUGGGAGUUGAAUGUAAUAUCCUGGAACUUGAUCAAAUUGAUGAUGGGGCCACUGUUCAAGAAGUUCUGUCAGAGAUCACCAAUCAGAGAACUGUGCCCAAUAUUUUUGUGAAUAAAGUACAUAUGGGUGGAUGUGACAGGACACUUCAGGCACAUCAGAGUGGCUUAUUACAGAAGCUCCUUCAGGAAGAUUCUCAUGCGUCUUCCUAUGAUCGUGAAGCAUAUGAUUAUGAUCUCAUUGUUAUCGGUGGUGGCUCUGGUGGCCUUUCAUGUGCUAAGGAAGCUGCCAUUUUGGGAAAGAAAGUUAUGGUGCUAGACUUUGUGGUCCCAUCACCUCAUGGCACAUCCUGGGGUCUUGGUGGUACCUGUGUAAAUGUAGGCUGUAUUCCUAAGAAACUGAUGCAUCAAGCUGCACUUUUGGGACAGGCAUUACGUGACUCAAGGAAAUUUGGCUGGGAGUACAAUCAAUACGUUAAGCACAACUGGGAGACCAUGAUAGAAGCAAUUCAAAACUACAUAGGCUCUUUAAAUUGGGGUUACAGGUUGUCUUUGAGGGAAAAAGCUGUGACCUAUGUCAAUUCCUACGGAGAAUUUGUUGAACAUCAUAAAAUAAAGGCAACCAAUAGAAAAGGACAAGAGACUUCUUAUACUGCUGCAAAAUUUGUCAUAGCAACAGGUGAAAGGCCGCGGUAUUUAGGAAUCCAAGGAGAUAAAGAAUACUGUAUUACUAGUGAUGACCUUUUUUCUCUGCCUUAUUGCCCUGGCAAGACUUUAGUCGUGGGGGCAUCUUACGUGGCUCUGGAAUGUGCAGGAUUUCUUGCCGGCAUUGGUUUAGAUGUCACAGUUAUGGUACGCUCGAUCCUUCUCCGUGGCUUUGAUCAAGACAUGGCAGAGAAAGUGGGUUCCUACAUGGAACAACAUGGUGUCAAGUUCUUAAGAAAAUUCAUACCUGUGAUGAUUCAACAAUUGGAGAAAGGUUCACCUGGAAAGCUGAAAGUAGUGGCUAAAUCCACUGAAGGAACAGAAACUAUCGAAGGAGUAUAUAACACCGUUUUGGUAGCAAUUGGUCGAGACUCCUGUACAAGAAAAAUUGGCCUGGAAAAGAUUGGUGUCAAAAUCAAUGAGAAGAGUGGCAAAAUACCAGUAAAUGAUGUGGAACAAACCAAUGUGCCCUAUGUCUAUGCUAUUGGGGAUAUUCUGGAGGGUAAACCUGAGCUCACUCCUGUAGCUAUACAGGCAGGCAAGCUGCUAGCUCAAAGACUUUUUGGAGGCCGCUUGGAAAAGUGUGAUUAUAUUAAUGUUCCAACCACAGUGUUUACUCCUUUGGAAUAUGGUUGCUGCGGAUUAUCGGAAGAGAAAGCUAUUGAAGUGUAUAAAAAAGAGAAUCUAGAAGUAUAUCAUACUUUGUUCUGGCCUCUUGAGUGGACGGUAGCUGGCAGAGACAACAAUACUUGUUAUGCAAAGAUAAUUUGCAACAGACUUGACAGCGAUCGGGUGAUAGGAUUACAUAUUCUUGGACCAAAUGCUGGUGAAGUUACCCAAGGAUUUGCAGCUGCAAUGAAAUGUGGUCUCACAAAACAGCUGCUCGAUGGCACCAUUGGAAUUCACCCUACGUGUGGGGAGGUAUUCACAACUUUGGAAAUCACAAAGUCAUCGGGACUAGAUAUCACUCAGAAAGGCUGCUGAGCUUAGAUCCUGCUGCUUUUUAGUUUUCCUUGUCGUGUUCAUGUUUCCUUCAGAGAUUUAAAACCACUCUCAGGAAAAAUCAAUCUCUGUUUCUCACCCCUGCUAUGUUGGGGCAGGGCCAAGAAUAUAGACAAGGAAGACAGGAAGGCAGCAGGAUACCUGCCUCAGCACCCUUGACUGACUUGGAGAAGCAGCUUCACUGCUUUCUUGAUGUCUUAGCUCGGAACCCCAUUGUGAGGAGAGCUAAGACUGACUCUCUUGCAAGUCAGAAUACUUUUUUUUUUUUUUAAGAAUGGAGCUUCCUUUUUUUUUUUUUUUUUUAACCACACAAUGAAUUGAACCUGAUUUUUCUGGUUGCUAGUGUUUUUAUCUCCUUGCUUUGUUGUUUCUAUGAAAAUAUUUUUUCUGUUAUGAAGCUGAUUGUAAUGUCUCAUUCUUGUAGUGGGUGGACGUAGAAUUCACAUGUGGUAUCUGGCGAGUGUGGCUGUCAUCUGUGGAAAUGCACUGGAUUGGCUGACUGCAGAGGACUAGGUGGUAUUAGUAGAAAGUUACAUACAUGGUUUAGAUUUUAGUCAGCAGUUUUCUCUCUUAAGUACAUUUUAACUCACUGUCAAAAGCCUGACUCAUGCUUUACCCUCUUACGCAUUUCCUGAUGAUGACAACUUUAAAGUCAUUCUUCUCUUAUUACUAGUCUGUGGACUGAGCAAAGUGUCUCAUGUAGGAGAAGAACGCUUGAAUUUCUUUUUUCAUGUUGGUCUUAAAAGUAAUAUUAAAAAAAAGGUAUUAAAUACCAUAUUAUGUGAAAUCUAAUUUAAAACUUCAAAAUUAUUCAAAUUCAAUAAGUUAUUAAAUUCAUUGUAUUUAAUGAAGUCAAUUUCAGUAAAUGAACAGGUGAUACUAUGUGGUUUCUUUGAGUUUACAAAACAUCUCAAAAGCGCGUGGAGAGGUAAGCGUUUUCAAGGUCCUUUUGGAGGGACUUCUUCUUGAGCCUGCUCAAGGCUCUUAUUAAGCAGCUCCUUGUUCUCAUGAAUGACACCUUAGUCAUUUAGCCCCAGGGUUGGGUACUUUUAUGGUCAGAGUUUCCAGGCAUAAAUUUUGAAAGAAAAUUUUUAAACCAGUGAACAGUUUUUAAACCAACGAACAUCUAAUCUUCAACAAUUAUCGUGCCAUUUGUAGGCAAGUAUUUUGGUGCUGUCCCUGGAAGCAGGAGGUAGACCAGGAGCGGGAUGAGGAUGGGAACCCAAAGAUAAUGAACACAAAGAUCAUUUAUUGAGUUUCUUUUUUAUUGUAGAGAGAAAACUAGGAAUGUAACUGUCUAAAAAGUAAGCCAUGGUGUAGUGGUUGCUAUAACUGAGGUAGAAACACUGCAGUGGAAAACCCGAAAAUGUUAAUUAAUUUCCAUUGGAUGUCGGGUGGGAUGGAGUAAUUGAACAGUUUAGCUGUUUUUGAGCUGAGUUGUACGGGAUGGAUGGGAUUUUAAAAAAUGGAAGCAGUAUGGAGAGAGCCUGAAUGAAACUCUCAAGUGAUUCAGUUAAAAUACUAAAUUAAAAUCUUUUAAAACAUUUUUUUCCUUAAUGUAUUGCUGAGUGCCUCCCCCCACACAACCAGGAUUUUCCAGAACCAUAAAAUAACAUGAAACCAGGAACCCUAGAACUUCGAGUUCCUGUUUUGCACUGGGCAUAGAAGAAAAACAUAACACCCGGGUCUACCCAAGUUGUUGUUUCUAAUAGGAAACCUCCCGGUAAAGCUGGAACCCCAGUGGACUAUACCCUCAGUGGAAGAGUGAAUGAAAAACAAACUCUCUGUCACAGGAAGGGACAGCAAAGGGACUUGCCUGUCCUUGUUGCUGGCACGGUAGCAAGAAAGAACCCACCCAAAGAAUUUGUGACCACCAUCCAGGUUAGGGAGCCUUGGUGGCACAGUGGUUGGGUGUUCCGCUGCUAAUUAGAAAGCUGGCAGUUCGAAUCUACCAGCCACUCCUUGGAAACCGCAUGAAGCAGUUCUGCUCCAUCCUAUAUGUUCACUAUGAGUUGAAGUGGACUUGAUGGCAAUUUUUUUUUUUUUUUGGAUCCUGGUUACAGGAGCCUUGUUGGCACAGUGGUUACGUAUUCGGCUACUAACUGAAAGGUUGGUGGUUUGAACCCACCACCCCACUCUGUGGAAGAAAGAUGUGACAGUCUGCUUCUUUAAAGCCUUAGAAACCCUGUGGAACAGUUUUACUCAGUCCUGUAUGGUCACUAUAAGUUGGAAUGGACUUGAUGGCAGUGGGUUUGUUUUUUGGAUCCUGGUUGCCCUGAUGGUGCAGUGGUUAAGUGUUUGGCUGCUAACCAAAAGGUUGGCAGUUUGAACCUACCAGCUGCUCUGUGGAAGAAAGAAGUAGCAGUCUGCUUUUGUAAAGAUUACAGCCUUGGAGACCCUAUGGGACAGUUCUAUUCUGUCUUAUGGGAUUGCUAUGAGUUGGAAUCAACUCAAUGGCAACAGAUUUGAUUUUGGGGGUUUUGUAUCCAGGUUAUAGACCAUCAGAAAGGCUAAUUGUCUUGUCUUUGCAAGGAAGGGAGAAGGCUUAGAUAGAAACCUAUAUGUAAGUUCCCACAUCUGUAAUUGACUGCCUCUUAAUCUUUUUUUUUCCCCCAUUCCUCUCCAUUUCUUUCUCCCCUUCCUUUUUUCUCUUCUGGGGGUAGUGGUGAGAGAUUCAUUUUACCUGGAAGAUGAAACUUGUAUGCAUCGCAUAAUGUCUAGAUGCAUACAAAUCUAUAAGGAAAAAUUGACAUCCUCCAUAUAGGGAGAUUUUUACUAUCCCUGGUGGCAUAGUGGUUAAGUGCUAUGGCUGCUAACCAAAAGGUUGGCAGUUCGAAUCCGCCAGGCGCUCCUUGGAAACUCUAUGGGGCAGUUCUACUCUGCCCUAUAGGGUCACUAUGAGUCGGAAUCGACUCGACAGCACUGGGUCUGUCUGAGUAUCAGUAAUUUAUUAGAUCAAACAGACAAAAAAAAAAAAAAUCAGUAAAGAUAAAGAUUUGAAUAGCAAAAUUACUGAGUUUGGUUUAAUGAACAUACUUUAUGUACCCAACAUGAAAACAUACUUAUUUCAAAUAUGCAUGGAAUAUUUAUGAAAUCUGCCAUGUGUUGAGCCAUAAUAGUGAGGCUCAACAAAUUUCAGAAGACUAGUAUUAUAAAACCAAACUUGUUGCCAUCAAGUUGAUUCUGACUCAUAGUGGUAUUAUAAAGGGCUGGGGGAAAAGCAUUUCAGCUGUGGGACCAACACUAGGAACUCAAAGACCUUAAAAUUGAUACAGUAUGAAGGAAAAGUGGAGUUAUGAGGGUUGUGUGAGGUGAGAGUUUAUUGGGAAUAAAGCCUGAAAGGUAAGUUAGAGUCAGUUCCCAAGAAGAAGGAAACUAUGAAACAAUCCUAGGUGUUGAAGAAUUAUAGACUUGGGAAAGCCUGAACCCAAAUCUUACUAGAUUUGUGACAAAAUGAAUUGUUUAAACUUUGCUAUUCAUUUAGUAGAUGUGGACAGUAUUACCUAUUGAUCAGACUUAAAAGAAUUGAGUAAUGUCUGUUACAUUCCCAAAAUAUCAUAGCAUAUUGGAGUAGAGUCUCUUGGCUUCCAUGAGAAUGAGUAGGGACCCUAUUAAGAAAACCUCUGAUAGACACACAACAGUAUAGCGAAAGAUAGGCAGACAGGAUUGUUGGCAAAUCAGUGCUUUGGCAGACUUUCACUGUGGUAGGCAACCUGUAAGUUAGCCCCAAUUUGGUUCCCCAACUUUUGGUUGUUAAACAUCCACAUCAUAUCAAAGUUGGUUUGUAUGACUGGUAGCAUAUAGCAGAAGCAGUCACUGUCAAGAUUAGGUUUAAAAAGGACAACGGCUUAAGUUUUGGCCACUGUCUCCUGUACUGUCUCACUUGGAUCACUUUGCUCUGGGAGAAAGCUGCCAUGUUAUGAGGAUACUUUGGCAGCCCAUGGAGAGACCCAUGUGGUAAGGAACUGAAGCCUCCAGUUAACAAUCACCAAGAAACUGAGGUCUGCCAACAACCAUGUGAGUGAGCUUGGAAAUGGAUACUCCCCUCAGUCAAGCCUUCAGAGAAGGCUACAUCUCCAGCCAGCAGCUUGACUGCAACCUCUUGAAAGACAUUGGGCUAGAACCACUCAGAUUCUUGACCCUUGGAAACUGUAAGAUAAUAAAUGUUUGUUGUUUUAAGCUAUUAAGUUUUUGAGUAAUUUGUUACACAGCAAUGGAUAACUAAUGUAUUUACGAAGGAAAAUUAAAAUUCAUACAAAUCAGAUGAUAACCAAAAUGUCCAAGGAGACAGGGGAGUCUUUAUUCUUAGGACAGACAAACCUCAGGUAGAUUUAGGAGUUCAACAAAAAGGGAUUGGAGCUCAGACUUAGAGCUGAACUUACUUCAUCAUUGCUGAUAAGGAAAUCCUAAACAGGAAAGCUCAAGGGGCUUCAGUUGAGUAUGCUCUGAAUAACUGAUCCAGGGCUGUGACUGUGAAGAGUUCCUGCUAAAUUUCCUUGACUGUCAAAGCUCACACGGAAGACUACUAGGGAAACCUGUUCAUCAUAUGAAGCUGGGUUUAUUAACCUUAGUAAUGGAGAAUAUUACCUUGACAGCCCCAGUAACAUCUCAAAAGGUAUUUAGUGAAGGUGAGUUACAAGGUUUUGGAGGCUGGGGUUAGUCAUAGGGUAGCUAUAGGGCAGAGGUUAGUAAAUGAGUUUUGGCAGUGAUUGGUAAGUAUGUGUUAAGUAGUCUAGUUGCUGGAACAGUUUGACACUGGUGUUUAGAAUUUAGAAUAUAUGAGACCAUACUAAGCUCUUGAUGUAGUCUUCUUUUGGGACAUUUGGGUCUGAAUGUGCUGACGAUUGAACGGUUUGAGCUUAGAUCAUUUGCUGUAUGUCAUGGUUUAGUACACUUUGCUGUCUUGGAGUUACAGUAGUUUUUCAAGUUGUGGUUUUAUUUUGCAAUGGACAAUCAUCUAAUCCUAAGCAGGGAGUGACAAGGAGAUCAGUUGGGGUUUGUUGCAAGAGAUCAUCAAAUAUUUAUUAAUAUUUCUGCUUUCAGCCAUGUAGGGACUGGACUUAACCUUCCUUCUUAAACGAACUGGAAAAAAUAUUAAAACAUUUGCACUUAAAUACGGAACAACAUACAGCUCAGGACUGUGGUCCCUAAGAGAACAAAUAAGGUAAGCCCUAUGUCGCCCCAAUUUUCUGCAUGGAAGUAAUUUUCAGACUCCACAUACAAGGAGAGAGAACCCAAACAGAACCCGAUGACUUUACUGAUUGAGAUAGAUACUGGAGUUCAGAGAGGUUGAGGCAGGUGAAAGUUACGGAGGAGACACAGAUAGGAGCUGUGCAGAAAAAGAGCUCCAGAAAUCUGCGAAAGCAUCCCUUGAGUCUUUGCUCAGUACUAAGCCACACAUCUUUAGAGUGAAAUUUUAGAAGGUCAGACAAGAAACGACAGGUAGUUUUAAGUUGAACAUUUUCAGAAGGCAAGAAAAAGCAGAGUCCUCAGUGAUCCCACCAGGCAUGUAGUGGAGACUCCGUAAGGAGCCAUGCCAUAGUAGUAGGUUUGAACUAUCCCUGGAGUGAAGGCUACUCUAGACCACAAAGUUUCAUGGGCCCAACCUGAUCCAGAAGUAACUGCAUGCGGAACAAAGCACAGCACUCUUAAGACAACAAAGCACUCAAUAAUAACCACAAAAUCGAACAGCCAAUCAAAAAUGGUUAGACACACCAAGAAGCAAGAAACAGGAAAAUGUGACUCAUAACCAGAAGAAAAAUCAGUGAAUAGAAACAGACCAAGAAAUGACAAAGAUGAUAAAACUAACAUAGAAGGAUGUAAAAACUGCUAUUGAAACUAUAUACACAUAUUUAAAAGAAAAUGAACAUAAAGGAAAGAUUAAAAACCAAAUAGAACUUGUACAGUUGAAAAAUACAAUACCAGUUUUAGAGGAAGGGGUCCCCACAACCAUAAACUAGCUUGGUGAUUUGCUGGAAGGACUCACAUGACUCAAAGUUAUAGUCAUUGCUAGAAUUUAUCACAGCAAAGAGUAAAGAGCAGGAAUAGCAAAAAACAGAAGAUACAUAAGUGAAGGCUAGAGAGGUCACACACAGGUUUCCAAGUCCCACAUGUCUCUGCAAGGGUUCUUGCCAUCUGUGAACUACAUGUGGUAUAGCUCCAGCUGAGGAAUCCCACUCAAGUCUUGGAGUUCAGAGUUCUUAAAGGGCACUGUUUUAAUUGGGGAAAAGAUAGUCUUUUUAACAAAUGGUGCCGGCAUAACUGGAUACCCAUUUGCAGAAAAAUGAAACAGGACUCAUACCUCACACCAUGCACAAAAACUAACUCCAAGUGGAUCAAAGACCUAAACAUAAAGACUAAAACGAUAAAGAUCAUGGAAGAAAAAACAGGGACAAUGUUAGGAGCCCUAAUACAAGGCAUAAACAGAAUACAAAACAUUACAAAAAAUGACGAAGAGAAACCAGAUAACUGGGAGCUCCUAAAAAUCAAACACCUAUGCUCAUCUAAAGACUUCACCAAAAGACUAAAAAGACCACCUACAGAUUGGGAAAGAAUUUUCAGCUAUGACAUCUCCGACCAGCGCCUAAUCUCUAAAAUCUAUGUGAUUCUGUUAAAACUCCACCACAAAAAGACAAACAACCCAAUCAAGAAGUGAGCAAAGGAUAUGAACAUGCACUUCACUAAAGAAGAUAUUCAGGCAGGUAACAGAUACAUGAGAAAAUGCUCUCGAGCAUUAGCCAUUAGAGAAAUGCAAAUUAAAACUACGAUGAGAUUCCAUCUCACUCCAACAAGGCUGGCAUUAAUCCAAAAAACAAAAUAAUAAAUGUUGGAGAGGCUGCGGAGAGACUGGAACUCUUAUACACUGCUGGUGGGAAUGUAAAAUGGUACAAUCACUUUGGAAAUCUGUCUGGCGUUUUCUUAAAAAGUUAGAAAUAGAACUACCAUACAACCCAGAAAUCCCACUCCUCGGAAUAUACCCUA